AUGUCUGCCCGCGGUCCGUAUUGGCUCGACCUGGGCACCACCUACUCGUGCGUGGGGGUCUUCCAACAUGGCAAAGUGGAGAUCAUCGCCAACGACCAGGGCAACCGUACCACCCCCAGCUACGUGGCCUUCACCGACACCGAGCGCCUCAUCGGAGAUGCAGCCAAGAACCAGGUGGCCAUGAACCCCACCAACACCAUCUUCGACGCCAAGAGGCUGAUCGGUCGGAAGUUCGAGGACGCCACAGUGCAGUCAGACAUGAAGCACUGGCCGUUCCGGGUGGUGAGCGAGGGAGGGAAGCCCAAAGUGCAGGUGGAGUACAAAGGAGAGAUCAAGACCUUCUUCCCCGAGGAGAUCUCCUCCAUGGUCCUCACUAAAAUGAAGGAGAUCGCCGAAGCCUACCUGGGGGGCAAGGUGCAGAGCGCGGUCAUCACCGUCCCGGCCUAUUUCAAUGACUCGCAGCGCCAGGCCACCAAGGACGCGGGCACCAUUACGGGCCUCAACGUGCUGCGCAUCAUCAACGAGCCCACGGCGGCGGCCAUUGCCUACGGUCUGGACAAGAAGGGCUGCGCGGGAGGCGAGAAGAACGUGCUCAUCUUCGACCUGGGCGGCGGCACCUUCGACGUGUCCAUCCUGACCAUCGAGGACGGCAUCUUCGAGGUGAAGUCCACGGCUGGCGACACUCAUCUGGGCGGGGAGGACUUCGAUAACCGCAUGGUGAGCCACCUGGCGGAGGAGUUCAAACGCAAGCACAAGAAGGACAUUGCACCCAACAAGCGCGCAGUGCGGCGACUCCGCACCGCCUGCGAGCGCGCCAAGCGCACCCUGAGCUCGUCCACGCAGGCCAGCAUCGAGAUCGACUCGCUCUACGAGGGCGUGGAUUUCUACACGUCCAUCACCCGCGCCCGCUUCGAGGAGCUCAACGCCGACCUUUUCCGCGGGACCCUGGAGCCGGUGGAGAAGGCUCUGCGCGAUGCCAAGCUGGACAAGGGUCAGAUCCAGGAGAUCGUGCUGGUGGGCGGCUCCACUCGCAUCCCCAAGAUCCAGAAGCUGCUACAGGAUUUCUUCAAUGGCAAGGAGCUGAACAAGAGCAUCAACCCCGACGAGGCGGUGGCCUACGGAGCCGCGGUGCAGGCGGCCAUUCUCAUCGGGGACAAGUCAGAGAACGUACAGGAUCUGCUGCUACUCGACGUGACCCCGUUGUCCCUGGGCAUCGAGACGGCUGGCGGCGUCAUGACUCCGCUCAUCAAAAGGAACACCACCAUCCCCACCAAGCAGACACAGACCUUCACCACCUACUCAGACAACCAGAGCAGCGUGCUGGUGCAGGUGUACGAGGGCGAACGGGCUAUGACCAAGGACAAUAACCUGUUGGGCAAGUUCGACCUGACCGGGAUCCCCCCAGCGCCCCGCGGGGUCCCCCAGAUCGAGGUCACCUUCGACAUCGACGCCAAUGGCAUCCUCAACGUCACCGCCGCCGACAAGAGCACCGGUAAAGAAAACAAAAUCACCAUUACCAACGACAAGGGUCGUCUGAGCAAGGAUGACAUUGACCGGAUGGUGCAGGAGGCGGAGCGGUACAAGUCGGAAGAUGAGGCCAAUCGCGACCGAGUAGCCGCCAAAAACGCUGUGGAGUCCUAUACCUACAACAUCAAGCAGACGGUGGAAGACGAGAAACUGAGGGGCAAGAUUAGCGAUCAGGACAAAAACAAGAUUCUCGACAAGUGUCAGGAGGUGAUCAACUGGCUCGACCGGAACCAGAUGGCGGAAAAAGAUGAGUAUGAACACAAGCAGAAAGAGCUCGAAAGAGUGUGCAACCCCAUCAUCAGCAAACUAUACCAAGGCGGCCCUGGCGGCGGUGGCGGUUCUGGAUCAUCCGGGGGACCGACCAUCGAGGAAGUGGACUAA